AUGGAAGAAUCAAUCGCAAUAGAAGAUGCAAAAUCGACGGUAAUUAAAAAAAAUAAUAUUUGUUCAUGGGUUCAACGUAUUGUUAAUAUUGAUGAUGUACCAAAUCAAAAACAUUAUUAUGUCGUAUUCAUCAUUAGCACAAGUACUUUACAGAUAUUUAUUCAUCUCUUAACAUAUAUCAACAUUAUUUGGAAAGGUGAACGUUUUUGGUUUACUUUAUCUUGUCUUUUCAUGUUUUUUGUGCCAUGUAUGCGACCAACUCGUGAUUAUACAUUUAAACAAAUAUGUUUCUCUUUCAUGUAUCCACAUCAACUAUGGAGAUUUUUUUCUGGUGCGCUAUUUCAUAUGGUUUGGUAUCAUCUACUAACCAAUAUUACUAAACAACUUCUUUAUGGAAUUCUACUAGAACGUAAAUAUGGUUCAGUUCGUGUGGCUAUUUUAUAUUGGCUUUCAAAUCUCAGUGCUAGUUUAAGUUUCAUGCUAAAAAAUGGAAAAAGAGCUGGUAUGGGCGCUUCUGGUUCUAUUUAUGGUCUAAUGAUAUUCUUGGUUAUGGAUCGACUUGUUGCUUUACAAGAAAAGACCGAACGUCGUUUGUUCAUACUUUUGCAAAUAUUCUUACUGGUGAUACUUCCUAAUGUCCCAACUAUGAUUGUAUUUAGUAUUCUGGAGCUUCCAGUAGGACAUUCAGCUCAUUUUGGUGGUGGUUUAGUAGGUUUUUUACUCAGUGUUGGUAUACUAGGUUGUCCUUUGCCAUGGAUUAAUCGCCAGUGGCGCUAUGGAAUAAUAUAUAAAUACAUAGCAUUUUCUUUACUCUUUAUUUAUUUUCUUAUAACUUUAACUAUCUUUUUCGUAAAUGACGCUUCUAUUCUCUUCUAA